GCAGCUAGAUAUGCAGCGGCCACGAAUCAUCACAGAUGCAUACAUGGGGAGCAGUAGUAGCAGCGGAGGCGGCGGCGGCGGCCAAGCCACCGCGAGAACAGAUUUGAUGUUCCACGAAAUGUCUCCGGUUCUCCCGUGGCCUGUCCAUGGCUUCAACCCGGCCAGCACCUUCCAGACCGGCCACGAACCGGACCACUUCCUCCUCCCGCCCGCCUCCGCCUCCCCGUACGGCGGCCUCUUCGGCGGGAGGAGGCACGACGGCGCGGGGGACCACUUCCGGGGGAUCAUCUCGGAUGCGCAUCAGCCGGGCUUCGGGGUGCCGUUUGGGCUGCAAGCGGAGCUGCAGAAGAUGACGGCGCAGGAAAUAAUGGACGCCAAGGCGCUGGCGGCCUCGAAGAGCCAUAGCGAGGCGGAGAGGAGGAGAAGGGAGAGGAUUAAUAAUCAUCUUGCUAAGCUCCGUAGUCUCCUUCCUAAUACAACAAAGACUGAUAAAGCAUCAUUACUAGCGGAGGUGAUCCAACACGUGAAGGAGCUGAGGAGGCAAACAUCACUCAUCUCCGAGACAACCCUAAUCCCGACGGAGACCGACGAGCUCACGGUGGACACCGCCGCCAACGACGGGAAGCCCAUGAUCCGAGCCUCCUUGUGCUGCGAGGAUCGGCCGGACCUGAUCAAGGCCCUCAAAGCCCUCAGGCUGCGCACUCUCAAAGCCGAGAUCACCACCGUCGGCGGCCGCGUCCGCAACGUCCUCUUCGUCACCGGCGAAGACCGAUUCCGGCAGGACGGCGGCCCGCCACAGCUUUGCUCUAUAAGCUCGAUCCAGGAGGCCUUGAGAGCGGUGAUUGAGAAAGGCAGCGGCGGCGGCGGCGGGGACGAUCACUCGUCCGGGGCUGCUGGGAGUUCCAAGAGACAGAGAACCAACAACAACAACAUUGAUAUCCUCGAAACCAACUAACUAACUAAAACAUGCAUACAUGGAAUAGUGUUUUGCGAGAAAAUUUUUUAAUUUCUCCAACUCGUUUUUUAAAAAAUGCAGCAAAAGCCAUCAUUCGAUCAAACAAUUGAAUGAAACACAGCAUUCAUCAUAUACCAAAAAAAAAUAUGUCCGAUAAAACUCCUCAAACGGGCAGUUCCAUAAACACAGAGGAAUCUGACCCGAAAAAUCAGCCGAUCAAUCUUGCACAAAUUCUGGAAAUUCUUCAAAAUUUUCAGAAUUUGGCACCCAAGGCCGAACCUAUCGAGAGCUCUUCCAAUCAGCCAUUAAAUAUGGCGGAAAAGCUCAACGAUAGGAACUACGCCAUUUGGGCGCGCAAAAUGAGUCUGGCGUUGGAUGGGAGAGGGCGGCUCAAGCACAUCACUGCCACACCUCUCAAAUCUGAUGACCC